GGGCCGCCUCCCGGCAUGAGGAGCUGCAAGAUGGUGCGGGUGGCCAGCGUGCUGGGUCUGGUGAUGCUCAGCAUCGCGCUGCUCAUCCUCUCUCUCAUCAGCUACGUCUCGCUCAAGAAGGACAACAUCUUCGGCGCGCCCCGCGCCGCCGGCCCGGGGGGGCCCCGCAUGUACAUGUUCCACGCGGGAUUCAGGUCCCAGUUCGCGCUGAAGUUCCUCGAUCCCUCGUUCGUCCCCAUUACAAAUUCGCUGGGCCAGGAGCUGCAGGAGAAGCCGUCCAAGUGGGUAUUUAACCGGACAGCGUUCGCACAGCAGAGACAAGAAAUCCUUCAGCAUGUCGAUGUCAUAAAAAAUUUUUCUUUGACCAAGAAUAGUGUUCGGAUUGGACAGCUGAUGCAUUAUGAUUAUUCCAGCCAUAAGUAUGUUUUUUCCAUAAGCAAUAACUUCAGAUCACUGCUUCCAGAUGUGUCACCGAUCUUAAAUAAACAUUACAACGUUUGUGCUGUGGUUGGAAACAGUGGAAUCCUGACUGGGAGUCAGUGUGGGCAAGAAAUAGAUAAGUCUGAUUUCGUUUUUCGCUGCAAUUUUGCUCCAACUGAGGCAUUCCAAAAAGAUGUUGGAAGGAAAACCAAUCUCACAACCUUCAACCCCAGCAUCCUGGAGAAGUAUUACAACAAUCUCUUGACCAUUCAGGAUCGCAACAACUUCUUUCUAAGCUUAAAAAAGCUUGAUGGGGCGAUUCUUUGGAUCCCUGCUUUCUUCUUCCACACGUCAGCAACGGUCACUAGAACACUGGUUGACUUCUUUGUUGAGCAUCGAGGCCAACUAAAGGUCCAGUUGGCUUGGCCAGGAAAUAUAAUGCAGCAUGUUAACAGAUACUGGAAAAACAAACACUUGUCACCCAAACGGCUGAGCACAGGUAUUCUCAUGUAUACCCUUGCUUCUGCCAUAUGUGAAGAGAUUCACUUGUAUGGAUUCUGGCCCUUCGGGUUUGAUCCCAACACAAGGGAGGACCUCCCGUACCACUACUACGACAAGAAAGGAACCAAGUUCACCACCAAGUGGCAAGAGUCCCACCAGCUGCCUGCAGAGUUCCAGCUGCUCUACAGGAUGCACGGUGAAGGACUGGCCAAACUGACCUUGUCGCAUUGUGCCUAAGAAC